AUGCGACGACGCCUGCCGUUCCUGCACCUUUUUUCUGCGUGGGCACUAUCCCUGCUCCAGGCAACGUCCUUGGCGGAUCCUGAGGACAUUCUUGUGGCGACAAAGGCUGCUCAACAAGAAGCCAUAUAUGAUUCACCGUGCGGCAUUACGGCCCAAGUGUCACAAUCUCUACCCGACAUUUUGCGUCCAGCGUCGGUACUCGGCCUCGCAGUCGUGAGGGACAAUGAUGUGAUUCUAGCAAUUAUUGAGUUCAAAGACAACCGAUGUCCACCGUCAGCGCCGGAACUCAUUGGUCCUAUUUUCGAGGGCCGGGGUACCAAGCAACGUUUGGCAGUUUAA